UAUUAUGUCAUUGAGACACACACGCCUACCAAGUCAAAAACCCGAGUUAAAUACACUUGUAGGCCAACCCCACCACCUUGUGGUCACUACUGAGUUCUGAAUAUUUUAAAUGAAGAAUCAAAUUCAGACGCAAAACGCAGCCUGAGAAGAAACCAAGAAAACUGACAUAAGGAAGGGUUGCUAUUUGGGGGAGGAUCAAUGAAUAAUGAGUAAUGUCUCCAUGCACACACACCAACCAUCUCAUUAUAAAUUGCUAAGUUUUUCAACUCAUCAUCAAUUGGCACUUUUUGCUUCAGAAUGAAUGCUUGAGGUUGAGGAGAACCAGAAUCAGAAGCAUGAAUCAACUUGGUGGUGUUAGCGUUAUCCUUCUGGUUCUCUCAGUCUUGUGUUUCCAUGUUAGAGCACAGACUUCUGCACCUUCUUCAGGAGAUGCUGUCUCCAAUUUCCAGCCAAGCCUUGCUGUUGUCAUAGGAAUCCUUGGUGUCAUGUUCUUACUGACAUUCUUUCUUCUCAUGUAUGCAAAAUUCUGUCAUCGCCGCCAUGGCGGCGCUUCGGCCGUUGGAGACUCAGAAAAUCAACUUACUUUUGUGAGAUCAAGGUCUAGAUUCUCAGGAAUUGACAAGACUGUCAUAGAAUCACUCCCCUUCUUCAGAUUCUCUGCACUCAAAGGGUUAAAGGAAGGGCUGGAGUGUGCAGUGUGCUUAUCAAAGUUUGAAGAUGUUGAAAUUCUGAGACUUGUACCAAAGUGCAAGCAUGCUUUUCAUAUUGAUUGCAUAGACCACUGGCUUGAAAAGCACUCUACCUGUCCUAUUUGCAGGCACAGAGUCAACCCUGAGGACCACACAACCUUCACAUAUUCAAACAGUUUAAGGAUGUUAGCAGGUGAGGAAUCUAACAUAGAGAUCUUGGUUCAGAGAGAAGAGGAAGAGCAUCAUGGUUCAUCAAGAUUCAGUGUAAUUGGAAGCAGCAGCUUUCGGAAAACGGUCAAGGAAGAAGAAUUACUCAUCCAAAAAGGAGCAGAAGAUAGUGAUGGUAACCAGAAAGGGUAUCAUAAACACAACCACAGGAUUACUAUAUCUGAUGUUGUGUUCAAGCACAGGUGGAGCAACGUGAGUUCUUCAGACCUUAUGUUUCUGAAUUCGGAGAUGCUCAAUGAUACAUCAAGCAACAGAUUCAGCAGCAACCUGGAAUCAAUUACAAGAGGGGUAGUGGUGGAAAAUGAGCAAAUUAUGAACAUCAAGGAGGAGAUGGAGAGGAAGAUUUCCUUUGAGAACAAAGUUGUUGGUGCACUAAACAACAUCGUUUCAGAUCAUAAGGAAGAUCCUCCUUUUACAUCAGAUUCUGCACCAAAGUAUGUGAACCCGGGUGAGAAAAGGUCAAUGUCAGAAAUCACUGCUGUUUCUAGAUUUGGAGAUUUAGGCAUGAAAAUGAGGGUCUUGAAGGAUUCUGAUUCCCUUCAAAACAACCUUAAAGAGGAAAGAAUGAGGCAGAUUUGGUUUCCAAUUGCCAGAAGAACAGCUCAAUGGUUUGUGAAUAGAGAAGAAAGAAGGUCUCUGCAAUCUCAGAAUAAUAAACAACAGCCAUUAGAUGUAUAAUCCAAUCCAAUCCAACCUUCCCGAGGUACACAUGUUUGGUUUCAUUCCUUGAUUAACAACUACAUGUAGAUUUCAGGCUGUUUUUUUGUUGAUUAGUAUAUAGUUAAGUAAAGCAGGUACCGGUUCCUUGUUUUUUGUUUCAAUCUCUCUAAUUUUUUAAUUCUUAUGAUCCGCAUAAAAACUUUGUUAAUCUUUCUAUGACAGAAAAUUUAAGGACCCCUCGUGACCAGAAUAAUAGAAACACUUGUAGACUUAAUUGUGUCUU